AUCGCUAGUAGUAAGCGUACUCUCCAACCCCUCGUAUCAGAAAAUUAGGAAUUUUAUUUUUGUAUUCUUAAAAUAAAUAACUCUUAUUUAGGAUACAUAUUUGUUAUAAUUUUAUUUAUUUAGAACUAGAUUGUUGUUUACUGUAAGUUUUACGUCCUAUGUUUCUUUGCGUCAUCAACCAAUCACCGGUUUAUCGAGCUUCAAGCCCGCGCCAUCUUCAUUUUUGAACAAAGCCAGUUGGAGGUGCGUUGCGUGUGGUAGCGUCCGUAACCGGCAGUUAAAAUGAGUACGAAGGAGAAUAAUUCCGAAGUAGCUUUGGACAAAGUUACGGAAAACAACGAGAAGGCGAGUGGUGAAACCAAAGCUGAAGUGAAAGGAACUAAGAGGCCCGCUGAGGCGAAGAGUGAUGAUGCUAAGAAGCAGAAGAAAGAAGAAAAUGGUGAAGAAGAAGAUGCUGAAGAUGAGGAGGACGUAGAAGGGGAAGAAGAGGAGGAGGAAGAAGAUUUGAAUGAAGGAGAUGAUGACCUUGAUGAAGGGGAAGAAGAGGAGGAUGAUGAAGGGGACGGGGAAGGGGAAGGCGAAGAUGAUGAGGAAGAUGCAUAAUAUGAAGUGUAUGGCAGAGACUUUAUAAUUAAGAGUGCGCGUGUUCCUGCCUUCCUCAUAAAACUUGGAUCUCUGGAGUGACAAACACGAGAGUUGGUUCUGUGAAGAGUUAUCGACGAUGGAUCAAUCAUCAUGAUUUUAAAAUUCCUUUUGUUUUGGUCGAAUACAAGUUUUUCCAUAGGUAAAAACUGGAUUGCGCGUGAGAGAUUGGUCAGGAAUAAGUUUCAGGGUCACAGUUUUAAGGGUUGGUCUGUUUUUAAAAAAUAAAAUAUCACCCUUCAUCACCUGUUUUUCAGUAUGAACGUGAAAUGUUGCAUUUCAAAUUAAAAUGUAGGUAUUUUCUUCAGUGUGGCAGUAAUGGAAGUGUGAGAGGAAAGCAAUGUAUACAUCCAAUGACCUCACUCCUUACUCCAAGUUUUAUAAUAGGAAAUUGCAUAAAUCAUUGGGGGGGACAUUUUCUAAAUCAUACAUGCAAGAUGUUCUAUUUAAUUUAAACUGAACAUUUGUUAAAUUUUUAUUUACCUUGUUCAUAUGUGUGUGAACAACUCCCCCCAUUAGUAAUGCAGGGAGAAAGGUAUUGAUAAGACAAGCCUGAAUUGAAUGAACGUACUUCAUUUAUUAAAGAAAUGCGUUGGUUGACAACCUUCAUGACGAAUGUGUGUGUGUUUUAUGUUGUGAAAGAAGCACUAUUUUGUAAUAACGAGAAUUUUGUUCAAUUUGUUUUUUAUUUCUUUCAAAAGUGUCCUUUUGGUUGUAUUGUUUUGGUCACUGUAACAUAGAUUAGAUGACUUUUCUUUUUAUUGUGAAUGAACAGAACCCCAAUUUUACUGUACAAAGAUUUUGAAAGAAAAAAUAGAACACAAAACCUCAGCAAUGGCAUGGAUUUGACCACUUUAUCAAGAAUGCACCUUUUAACAUUGUUAUCCUCCAUUCGGCAGCAAAUGGUACAGGCAAUAAAAGUGAAGACUUUGUUAUUUCACUGUCUUUUGAAAUACUGCUUCUGGGCCAAAAGUUAAUUUUAGUAUAAGAUUAAAUCUCGCUAGUAGUUUUGUAAUAAUUGUGUGUUUAAGAAUAAUUGUGUGAUCAGUUAUUUCAUGUUUUCAAAUGUGGCUGAAGUGGUCAGGUAUCAGACCCUUUCAAUAACAAAGCUCUGCUCAUUCCAGACAUUUGAUAAUUGUUGUUUGAAUAAUUCCAGAGGGAUAUAUGACAUGCAGUAGUUUCAUUUUUGGCAUAUUUUUUAUGGGAUCAUAAGGUUUAAACACUGUACGCCUAGGGAAUUUGUAGUUGAAAUUGUAACUUCAUGGAGUGACUAAAAUUGGCUAGAAUUAGUUUAAUAUGUUUGUGUUUUUAUUUAUUCCCUUCCAAAGUGAGUGGUAAUAGCGUUUGAGUACUUGCGGAGAUCAGAGUAGGCACGACGGGGGGAAGGGCGGACAAGCUAGUCGGCAGUGGAAAGCUGCACGCGUCACCAGCCGGAGAGCCCAGUCCUUGUCAGACGGGUUCUCUUGAGCUACUUUCGAGAAAGAUCGCUAGAGCGCAGUGCGAGCACCGUGCUUGUGGUGCAAUCUAGUGGCGGAAAAUUGGUUUGACGUUCCGCUUUGUAGUUCCAAGUCGAUUGGGAAUAUCGCGCCUGUAACCCGGGAAGUGGAAUUUCGCAACACUCUGGCAAUACGAACUGCUUCCAUCAAAUUAAAGAAUCGUGUAUUGUGCAACCAUAUAGCAUGAGUGGAAAUAAUAUGGAAUGUCCCUCUGAUAUGAAUGCGGAAAAGAUCGUAAUUAUUGGUCGUAAAGUAUGUGUGCGUAACUUAACUAGCCCCAGUCAUAUUCGUCAGUAUUUUUAUUAGCUGUACUUCAUUCACAAAAUUUUGCGGAGUCCAUGGUCUGUUAAUGGAGCUUUGUUAUAUUCUUCCCCAUUCCAUCUAAUCAGAAUUACACAACAGUAGUGCUUAAAUAUUUGUGUAAAAUGUUGAAUGUAUUUCCAUUGUUCACUUGAAUGUUACCCAUCGGAUUCCACCUAGUCGUAUUAUAUGUUACUGUGUUUGGGGAAGGGAAAUGAAGUACAGUGAGUAUUAUAGCAAUAUAAGAUAAGUGUUAAAACAUUUUAUACAAAUUUUCAUAAAAUAUUUUAGAAUCAUUUUACACAUUUCAUGUACCUGAUGAUAACAAGUACAUUAAGGCAAUAUGCCUCAGGGUGGAUGUCUAUCCUAAGAAUGUAACUUUUUUAAUCAAUUCAUUCUAUUUAUGAGAAUUGAUCUUUGAAGUGUGUUAAUGCCUUGUAGGGAAGCACUUAUUCUGUGUGAUUGAAUUAUUACAGAAAGUAUUGAAAAGUUCAGGCCCUAAUGUUUUUCUUGUCAUGAGUGAUUGGAUAUUGUACAUGCAUGGAAUACUGCAUUGUCUGAAGUUUAUUUAGGUAUCUAAUAUAAUUAAACAAUGAUAAAUAAUAAAAUGACAGCCUCAAGAAUGUGAAUUUUUCAUUCAUUUAUAGCUGAGAUUGUGUGGAUUAAAAUAUCAAAGGUCUGCCCUGGCCAUUUUACUUCAGGGUCAUACAUGUACACAUAAUAUAAAUUACAAAUAAUUAUGCCUCUGAAUAUGCCUUAAAUGUCACUCAUACAUUUUAUUUUCGUAUAUCAGAAGUAGUUCUUCAGUACUCUUUAGAUCUUUGUACUUGUCAGUGUUGCAAAAGUAUCGGGUCAAACGGAUGUUCUAAGUUUAAAUAGCUACAUUAGAUCUUGAUAUAAGUUUCAAGGGAUACUAAAUUCUGUUAUAUUGUGCUAGUAUGCGAGGCAUGAAUGAGGAAGUGUAUGGAUGAAUGAGUGAAUCAAGCAAUAUUAAUUAUUUAGAGUAUAUUGUACUAGGUUCUGAGACAUUUGUUUGAGGAGAUAAUGUAGAAGUUCAACAUUCUUAGGAUAGAAACUGGUUUACAGUGUGCCAGGAAUGUAUUA